AGCGUUUGCCUCCCCUCCCCCUCUCCCGCCCUCACCUAAUCAGGUGGUGCAGAGAUGUUGCACGUGGUGAUUUCUCUUGGGCGCUCGCCGACUUUUCAUUGACGUUUUGCAUGACUUUGGGACAGACAGACCUUAGAGGGUAAGGAUGUGGGUCCCAGUGGCCGGGCUUCCUCAGCGGCUGACGCUGUCAGCUUCUUCCGGUGCUGGUCGCCUUUGCCUUUGGAGGUCGGGAGCGGCGAGGUGGAAGGACGUCCCGGCGAGGAACCGCCGUGGUUUGUCUGACAUCCAGCCGCAGCUGUUGCGGGGUCAGGAUUUCAGGGAAUUGCCCUCGCGGCCGUCCAAGUGCGGCGUGGAGUCUAAGCGUUACCUGACCAGUCCAAGACUGGCUGAGACCGUGGUGCAGUUCCUGCUGAAAGAAGACGACCCGUGCAAGCUCAUCCUGGAAUGCAAUCCUGGUCCUGGAAUCCUGACUGAAGCAUUAAUUCAAGGAGGUGCCAGAGUGAUUGCCCUUGAAAGUGACAAAACUUUUAUUCCACAUUUGGAGUCCCUAGGAGAAAAGCUGGGAGGAAAACUGCACGUGGUCCACUGCGACUUCUUCAAACUGGACCCUCGAAGUUUUGGGGUAGUGAAACCCACUGUGGAUUCCCGGGUGCUUCUGCGGGACUUGGGGAUAGAAACACUUCCUUGGGCGAAAGGUAUUCCUUUAAAAGUAGUUGGAAUCUUCCCAGCCAAAAAUGAGAAGAAGCUGAUUUGGAAGUUUUUACAUGAUAUAUAUUCCUGUACUUCUCUAUAUAGAUAUGGACGAGUAGAACUAAACUUUUUUAUGAAUGAAACGGACUGCCAGAAGAUCAUGGCGAAUCCUCAGAACCGAAACCUGUACCAAGCCUUAAGUGCGCUGUGGCAAGUGGCUUGUGAGGUCAAGCUGCUGCAUACGGAGCCGUGGUCGUCGUUCGACAAGCACGCCCAGGGCGGACAGCUGGGGAAGCCGGAGUGCAGGGCGAGUGAACCACUGGAACAACAAACACAACAAAACCUGUGUUUUGUUCAAUUCACUCCUCGUAGAAAUUUAUUCACACAAAAUUUAACACCUGUGAACUAUGAUGUAUUUUUUCACAUGUUAAAGCAGUGUUUUCUGAAGCGCAAUGCCAAGCUGAUACACCAGUUACAUUCACUGAGUCCAGUGGAUGCAGAGGAUAUACUGAAGAAAAUAAGACAAAAAGGAACAACAAAAAUAACAGAUAUGUAUCCUGCAGACUUUAAACGCCUCUUCGAAACCAUAGAACGUUCCAAAGAUUAUUCCUGCAAGUGGCUGUACGAUGACUUCAUGGAAGAUGUCGUCGUAUAGGGAGCAGGAACGGGGCUGCUGAGACAGCGGCCGCAGCCGCUCGUUGUACUUGGAAGCUGUGACGGAGGCUCACGUCCUUUCAGGAGAAGGUGGCUGUUCUUGUUUUGCACAAACCAGGCCGAUCGUUUCUUCUGAGGUCGAUACCAUUAGGACAUUGGGUAAAAAAACAGUGGCUGCUAUUUUAUUCACAGCAGAAUAAAGUAAGAGCUUCCCUUCACCGUGGAUUUGAUCAGCUCAGAUUUGUUUCGUUUUAAAUUCUAUUGUCAACAUGCCAGUAGUUGUAUGGAGUUACCAGAUGAAAUUUAGUUUUAAAAGUCCUUUUACCCGAACACUUACAUGGUAUUAAUUUAAAUAUUCUACUUUCACUGUUGAUUUUUGCAUCCUCUGGGGGGGGGGUCGCAAAGAGUUUGUAUGGUUUUAAGCUUAGACAGUAAAUACAACUGAUUUAAGUGGUUGGUUUUACUUUUCAGUUUGUUGAAAGUAUUAACGAAUACUGUGCAAUGAAAUAAAUUAAAUUUUAUUAUGGUUUAAACAUUUUUAGAAAUUAAAAUAUUUUAAAUAAGA